AUGGCCGACUUCCUCCCCCUCAGCUCCCUCGAAGUCCCCCAAGCACACAACCCAGCACUUCUCCGAGACAGGAAACAAAAUGCCCGAAUACCGCAUCACCGUCCGCCAACAGCCCUUGCUGCUCGCAGCUGUGGUUUCGGCGAACGCGAUCGGCGUGUAAUCGACCCCCCUCCAAUCGUCCAGCUCGUCCUGGCCGAUACCCCCACAACAGCGACUCUCACACCCGAGGAACGCUCGCGCUGGCUCCGUCAUCAAUUCUCCGUCGUACACUGCAGCAUCUGGGACGAAACCGGUACGCGCGACAUGAGCAGCAUGCCGGAGGAUUUUCGGCAGCAGCGAAGGCUGAUGGGCACGCUUGUGGCGAGCCCCUUCGUUGGGCUGGAUGAUAAGGGUGAGGAAGGAUGCUUCUUUUGCUUUCCUGACCUGAGCUGCCGAACGCCAGGGACUUUCCGGUUGAAGUUUGCGCUCGUGAUGAUAGACCCGACAAGGAUGCAUGUUGGGCAUCGGUCGGCAAUCGUGGCAACAGUCAUGAGCGAACCGUUCCAGGUGUUUAAUGCGAAGGACUUCCCGGGGAUGCAGGCCAGCACACCGCUGACGAAAAGGUUAAAGGAGCAGGGAUGUCUGAUUAGCAUCAAAAAGGGGAAUGAGAAGAGGGACGGGAAAAAUGGAAGCGGAGGAGACUCGGCAAGUGGUGGUAAAGGACCAAAUAAGCGAGAAGAGGAUGACGAUGACGAUGAUGAUGAGGGUAGUGGAUGUGAGGAAAGAGCCAGCAAAAGGCUUAAGCGAUGA